CCCUCUCCUCUCGCUCACUCCGUUACUUAUCCCGGUACUUGCAUCCUGCACCGAUGCUCCUUUCCCAUAAUCCGUAAUCCAACCGCUCGCUCUCAUGCCCUCCCCUCCCCGAACACACCUGAAUCCUGAACGAACCAGCAAACACAUCCUGAACGCGCAGGUGUCCAUCCGCGCGCCGUGCUGCCGCGCGUGGUUCGACUGCGCGCAGUGCCACGCGGAGCAGCGCCCGGACCACCGCCUGCGGCGCACGACGGAGAUGACGAUGCUCUGCAAAAAGUGCCGCAAGGCGUUCAGGAAGGACCUGAGCGACCCCGAGCAGUGGGAGGAGAGCGACGAGUUUUGCCCGUGGUGCGAUAAUAAGUAUGUGUUAGAGGCCAAGAUCCCGCAAGCAGUGAUCGGCGUCGAAGGGGAAGAUCUGCGGAAGGACAACCGGAUGAUCAAGGACGAGCGAAUGCGGCAGCCCGCGCGCACCGACCUCGACGACGCGCCGCGGCCGCCGCAGAUGGAGCUGACGCCGGAGGAGCUCGCCGAGCUGGAGGAGCUGGCUGGGUGAUCAUGUACAUGGGGAGGUGUCUGGGCGAGGUGAUGUUGCUUCGUAAACGCUAUUAUUCGUCUUAAAUAAUGGAUUCAUUUUCGUCGU